GAACAUCAAAUAAGCAAUAUUAGAUUAUCAAUAUAGCAGCCUUCAACUUUUCAGCCCCAACUUAGGACGCAUUUCAUAUAAUAUCACACAUUGCUCUCGCGCCUCCUAUCCUCAAACCUUGAGUAUACAUCUCCCAAUACUUCGACCGAUAGUGAACACAAACCAGCUCAUUACUCUAUCGAACGACAUCCAAUAGUCCAUUCUCCACACAAAUCACAUACGAGUCACUGCACGUAUUUCAAGCAUUUCUUUUGACCGACGACAAGGAAUUCGUCACACGCAACUUGAGCAGAUCAAUUGGUGCCCCACAAAGUCACGAUAGACUCACCAAACCACAUUCAACUACAUAAUGGAAGGUUCACAUAGGAGGAGAAAAAGUGUAGGUUUCUCCGAGCUAAAAUUUGAAGGGCGAUUGCCUAGGUCGUCGAUACCAGAUUAUGGUACAUCUCAAGCCGUAUCUCAAUUCGAAAUUGAUCAAAGAAUGAAAGAUGGACUUUCCUCAAUAGCUCUCAUGGACCCAUUUCCACUUGAAUGCCGACGCCAAAGACGUAUGAGAGUACGAGAAACGAUAGAAUCGAAAAUUGGACCUUGGGAUACAGAAAGGAAUAAAUUGGAUAUAUGCGCGAAUAAACGGAUAGCGUCUGAAGAUACGAGGCGUAGAAUACUGAGGGCAAAAAGGGAGAAUUUGACGAGAACAGAAAUAGAAGUUCUUGAGGAAUGUAAGCGUCAAGACGAAAAAAAAGCAAAGAGUGAGGAGCGAUGGGAAGAAGAAUUGAAGGAGAAUUCAGGUCGGAUGAGAAAAGUCACAAGGACGCAGAGACGUAACUCGAUUAGAAAAACUCGAAAUGAAGGACGAAUCGCUUACGAGGUUGUGAAAGAUAACAUCAAAACGCAAGCGAGAGAUGCUGAAGUCGAAGUAGACAGAGAAUUAUUGUUCAAAAAGGAGAUAGAUUAUGAAAUCAAGAAAUUAUGGCAACUUGAAGUGACUAGAUGGGAGUUGGAGCUUGAGAUCCCAUCUCUUCUGAGAAAGGUCGAACUCUCGGAUGAUGAGCGGGCAUAUUUGACGACCUCUGUCGCCAAUUCUUAUGUACAUCAAAGAUGGUGCAUGGCUGGCCCAAUUGAUAAGCAACCAUGGUAUUAUCGUCCCGUUGACCGAAAAAGGAUAUGCGAAGAUUGCAGGGCUGAUGAGGAGUGGGAAAAGAAAGUAAAGGAGAGGUCAGAGAUGCCAUAAUUCUCGGACGUCAAUUGGCUUCCAUAAGCGUGCGGGUGUUUUGAACUUCUGAUGUGGUUUUAAACCUCAACAGCGUGCUCAUAGCGAAAUUGGCUAGCGAAGUAUAGAUAUGAAUCCGAAUUUAUCAGGUAUUUGAUAAUCCAGAAAACAAGAUUUCUGCAUAGGCUUUGAUUGUAAGACUGGAACAAUUUAUAGUUUUAACACUCGCUAUUCGUCUCGUGGGUUGUGAUAACAGUUUGAUUCGAACGGAGAAUGGUCUAAUAGUCUUAGUCUAGCA